AUGUAUUUACCUUUUGCAAUAUUUUCAGAAAGAACUCAGAGUCCAGUGACAUGUGAACGACUGCUUCAUAAUCGCCAGUCCAUCAUCCCCAGGUCUUCUGUGAGCACAGAUUCUUUUGAAGAAGAAAACCGCCAAGAAGCCUGUUCUUCUUCUGCAUCAUCUGGUGAAAGGGAUGAGGAUUCACUGAGUUUGAUGCUCCGAGGAGAGAAAGUUCAAAAGAUAGUCAGCAAAACCUCCAAGCAGGCCUGGAGCAUCCCAUUUUUCACACCAAAAAUGGCAAAUAAACCCAGUCUACCACACUCAGAACAUCCUGUGUACUUGGAGGCUACAAGUAGACACACGAGACUUCAAAACCAGUCUUUGAGCGAUUCCAAGGGAAAUUCUCAAUCUGAGACCUAUACAGGUUCUGUAAUUUCAGGGCAGGAGUUUCUGCUGGGCCUGGGGGCUGGCGCGCUGCGGUCCCUCCACUCCUGCCCUCCUUUGCCUUCCAGGUCCCCCGGGGAGACCUUCCACCGCCAUCGGCCUGUGCAGGACCAGGAGCCGCUCCGCCCCUCCGAGCGCCGGUGGAGUCCCUCGGAACCCAGGCUGGAGGAGAGGGCGGCGGUGACAGUAGACUUCAGGGCACACCCAGAUUCCCCCAAGGGGCUCCCAGGGGCUCCCGGAAAUGCAGUCGGCAGAGGCGCGGUUGCCAUGGUAGCGGAGACGCUCCCCAAGCAUCCUCGUGUCCCGGAGGAGAGGAGGCUGCGGGCGGAGGCCUCCCUCUCCUCCCUCUCGGGCAAUCUGGCAGAGGAGCCCCUUCCUGGGCCCGCGGGCGCUUCCACCCAUUUCCACUCCAAGAGGUUAAUAAAGGUCUGCACUGCGCCCCCCCCCCCCCGCCCGCCCCGGCCUUUCCAUACGGCUUGUUCACAGGCUUUCCCGAGGCCGGUGGUGAAUGCUCACUUACGCUGA